GCCGGCGUGCAGCCGAUCGGGCGCUGCAGCAGCCGCGGGGGCCGAGAGUGCCUCUGAGCAUAGGCCGAGUGCCCCCUCUCCCCCCCUCCAACGGCCAUGAGCUGCUCCCCGCCGGAGCCCCCGGUCAGCCAGGCGUGCGCGCUGGAGGGGCUGCCCCCGCUGCCCAAAGGGCUGAGCGGCAUCCUCAACUCCAGCGGCGGCUCGUGGCGCGAGAUCCAGAAGGUCUACAGCAAGAAGUCGCGCAUCCAGGACGACCUGCGCCAAGCCCAGGCGGCCCCCGCCGGGGAGAAGCCCCCUGGGACCCCCCUACGACCCCCCCGGCCCGCCAACCUGGAUGCCGCGCUGGCCGUGCUGCGCAAGGAGAUGGUGGGGCUCCGACAACUGGACAUGUCCCUUCUUUGCCAGCUGUGGUCCCUGUACGAGUCCAUCCAGGAGUUCAAGAGCCUCUUCCAGGACAUGUCGUCUUCACUCCACUCGGAAGGCAGCCUGGCUGCCGAAAACGGCUUCUCGGACGAGGAGGAAGAUUUCGACCUGGAUCCGUUAAGUCCGGAUGGGCCCCGGGAAGCCCCUCCGGCUCAGCAGCUGCGCUUCCUCCAGCCCCAGAACUCUCGAGAUCAGUGGCUUAAGGAUUCUUUCCAUAUUGCCAUCUGAGCCAGGCGUGGGAAACCACCUCGGGAAAGUCUAGCUGGGAUUUUAGGGUUUGGAAGAAGCUAUCCUGGAACGACCCCCAGCUUCUUUUCAGCUUUUGACUUCGUUCCUGGGCUUUCUCCCCCCACCCCCACCCCCGGAUCAGGUUUCCCUGGAUAAAUCGACAGGAUUUCUUUGGCCUUUUCCAAAAAGAGAGGCUUGCAGGGAUCCAAUUUUGAGAUUUGUUUCUCCCGUUUUGGGAUUGUCUCCGAAAAAAGCAUCGGGGGAAAAACGCAGGAAGGGUCGAAAUGUCACCGGAACAUCACUUGAAUUUCCUGGGAAUAGCAAUAGCAAUAGCAGUUAGACUUAUAUACCUCUUCAUAGGGCU